AUGGAUGAGGCAAGUUACUGGAGAACAUGGGAUUCAUAUCCGGAGAUGGAGGGUCGGAGCGAAUGCAAAACUUUCAAUUUCUCGCCGGUGGAACGAUUUCGGUUUUUCUGGUUUCUCGUCUCUAAAGCUGCAGUAAGCAUGUUCCUGUGUCUUGUAGUCAUGGCGCAUUCACCGCAGCUGCACGACUACAAUGCUGAAGACGAUACCACGCCAUUGAAUUUCUAA